AUUGAAGCUGCUUCCGCUCCGCCACUCUGCCAUGGGCCCCUGUACCGCCUCCUCAUGCUGCUGCCAGGCCCGUAAUCUGCCAUGGGCCCCCGUACCGACUCCUCAUGCUGCUGCCAGGCCCGUAAUCUGCCAUGGGCCCCUGUACCGCCUCCUCAUGCUGCUGCCAGGCCCGUAAUCUGCCAUGGGCCCCCGUACCGACUCCUCAUGCUGCUGCCAGGUCCAGAGUGUGUCAUGGGUCCCUGUACGGCCUCCCAUUGCUGCUGUCUCCAUCGCCACACUCUGCCAUGUGCCACUUUCAGGUCUCCUCACACUGCUGGUGGGUUCCAUUUUGUC